AUGGUAGACAGCUGUGAAUCAGUAGGUUUUAUGAAUUUAACUGAAUAUGAGGAUUCUAUUGCCAGACGUUUUAAGGAAAUUGACUGCAAAAUUAAGCCUAUAAUCUCUAACUAUUAUAUAUAUGGUGGAAAAACAGCAUGGGUGUCAGAUGUGGCUAAAUUGGUAGCCUUGUUUCUUGAUGAGUUAGUAUUUCCUCUCAGCGAGUCAACUAUUGAGAAUGUUAAAAGUUUAACCCAAUACUUGUACGUACUACCUGAGAUAGUUGAGUUUUGGCUCAAAGAUGUUAGUUUCAAGACCGUUCCGAUGUUCGAGUUUUGCAGGCGAGGGUUCGAAAGCCAGAUCCAGGGUUCUAAGCGACUGAUAAUGAACACUAUUGUCCCGGAUGCCGCCGUGUUGAAUGAAUGUCUCGACGUUCUUGCUGUUAUGUGUAAUUUGAACCCACUAGCAGCAGAAUGGUCUAGUACCCUAUUUUCGGAGAUAGCUGCUAUUCUAUACAAAGGCUACCAAGCUAAUCUUGACUCUCCUACGUCGCUCAGUCAUUAUAUGUUCAAAAGUCGUUGCAAAGCGUUAGGAGAAUUAAUCAAGCUUAUAUCAAAGGAGAAAUUGAUUGCAAGCUUAAAAGACAGUUUACUUGAGGAAUGUCUAUUGAAAAUAAUCGUUUCCCACUCUAGUCUUCAGGAGGAAAAGAGACAGUCAUCUUAUAGUCUAUUGGUCCGUAUUUUCGGAGCCAUUAUUCAGGACCCAUUCACUAACCAAAUGAAUAAAGAAAAUUCUGACGGUUAUCCAACAGUAGAAUUAACCACUUUAUUAUUUUCGGAUAGCAAGAUAGUCGAGCCCUUAAUCAAAAUGGUGCAAGAAGACUUAAUUUCUACAGAUUUGACAACAAGAUCGCAAGUUCUUUCCUUUUUAAGCUCGAUGGUCCAGUUCAGAAGUGAACCAAUAAUUGCCAGUUUGUUUUUAGAUCGGAAAGUAAGACCCAGCGGGAUAUUAUUAGAGAGCUUGACACAAUGGAAAAAGAUGUUUUUUAGAAGUGAUAUGUCUAAAAAUGAGAAUUUAACAUGUUCAGUCCCUGAAAAGUCCCAAUGGUAUGAUUGGAAACUAGAUAAGAAUUCUAUCAUCAGCUUUUUGUUUACAGUACUUACUGAUGAAAUUUCUGAUGAAGCGAACAAACACAAUGUUUAUGCGUUGCUAUUAGACUUAUCAAAAGCCACCGAAGGUCGAAUUAUAGAUCUCUGGGAUCCAAAAGGAAAAAUCAUAAGUCAUAUGGAGACGAUGCUGACUGCGACAAAAGUAGACAGAAUGUGUAUUGAGUUUAUUUGUCAGACAUACCUCAUUAUCCGAGGGUGUGCAAUAUCAGAGGGUAUAAAUUAUAGCUGUUGA